AUCCUCAAUCAAACAAUUUUGGACCUCAGAAAAAAACUACAUAAAAAUCCCAAAAUGUGUUUUCAAGAAUCUACAACAGAAGAUUCAGCCACAACCCCCGACUGCUAUCCACCCCAUCAAUUUCCCAAAAUUUCAACCAUCAAAACAAAGGCCAAAUGGUGGGAACUAUAUUUGGGACUGGAAGAUCAUUAACUGAAACUCAUUCUUCUCCAUGUUUAUGCUUGAAUCCUAUUGUUAACUCAGGCAGCUUUAAUUUCAAGACUAAUGGGGAAUUAUCAUUGGGAUUGUGGAGAAGCUUAAAGGGGAGGAAGCAGUUGAAUUUAAGCAGCAGUUUCUUGGAAGCAUGGUGUGAUUGGAAGUUAUCUGCAAAGAUGAUAUCUUUGGCUGUAAAUGGGGUUUCAAGAAAGAGAGAGAAGAUUGGAAAAUUCAGUGUUGUUGGUGGGUUGGAAGUAGAGGAUGAUGAUUCAGGCGAAGAUGUUAAAAAUGAAAUAAUCAAUGUUAUUACUUACAAAGCUGUACGGACUGUUCUUCAACAACUCUAUGAGAUGAACCCGCCACAGUACACAUGGUUUUACAAUUUUAUAGUAAACCACGUGCCUAACACCGGGAAAGAUUUCCUUCAACAGCUUUUCAAGGAAAAGCGGGAACUUGCUGAGAGGGUGAUGAUAACGCGUCUUAACCUUUACAGCAUAUGGAUGCAGAAAUGUGAUCAUGCUGAAUUAUACAACAGAAUAUCUGAUCAGAACGUGGAACUGAUGCGUGAACGACUUGCUCAAACUGUUAUAUGGCUAUCUGAAGAUGAUGAGAUUGCUGGAAGUUUGGAUUGAUUGAUGGAAGAAGCCUAGCUCUCUUUGGUGGCUUGUAACCAUAUUCUCAACAAAAGGUUGUUGCGGGUUGGCCGAGGAAUGGAGGAUGUGGAAUGCAUCUGGUUGACAAAUAUAUCAGGCUACUUGCCUUUAUCUGUACAUCAUCCAUGUGUGACCUCAACUUUAUUGUUUGAUGGGGAUGAGAUGAAGUAUGUACACUGGCACUUUUGAACUAGUUUCCUUUUUAGCCUAUAUGUAUUCUUAAUAUUGUUAAUAUUUAUUGCAAAAUUAUGUUAUAUUAGCAGUUUGCAUA